AGCAAAAUAUCGAGAGUGUAAAUACGAUCAUUUCCAAAAACUCUAAAGCCGUCGAGCGUAUUCAAAUCAACUUUCGAUGCUGGUACUGUUUCCGGCCAGGCGUGGAAUAGGCCCACGUCGGAGAUAAGUUGUUGGUGCAUCAGCAGCAACGCGCACCCGAUAAGCAUCAGCAUCAUCAUCUCCACCUACACGUACAUUACGACGAGGGCAGUGAAAGCACUGCUGGUGUCAGUGGCACACAGUGAAAAACAUCAACAUUCAUCAUCCUGUUGUUUGGCAAGUUGACUUGCGGGAGAAAUCAGCCGACCACGGCACGCUGAAGCCAUGUACUGCCUGCAAUGUCUCAUCCCGGUGCUGUUGAUACCCAAGCCGACGAAUCCAGCCCUGAUGCAAACGCAUGUGAUGUUCAUCGUGCUCUAUCUGAUCGGAUUCUUCCUCGAGCGUAAACCGUGCACCAUCUGCAGCCUGGUGUUCCUGAUGGCCGUGUUUCUGAUCUGCAACAGUGGCGUUGGGAACUGCCUGUUCUGGGGCAACUGCGAGGGCCACACGUGCGACAACGGCUAAUGGAAUGGACUGGCCUGGACCAAUGCUGGAGCGAGUGAGCUGGUGGGUUGGUGACGGUUUCUUUUUACUACUGUUUAUUUCACACUUUCUUGUCUUGAUUGUUUCCAUCGUUUUAACAUCGACUAAUUCGAUCAAUACGGCCAAAGAUUUAGUGAAAUGUGUAUCGUUUAAGUGUACCCAAUUGAUUAGAAUUAGUUGUUUUAUCGUUUUUAGUUGUUGAACCGGUUUUAUUAUUAGUUUUGUCGGUGCCUAUACGUUUUAUUUCGUUACGCUCGCCGAUAUGUUAAGGGGCAUAUUUCGAGAACACAAAGACUGCAGGACGCAGAUCAAUCUUAAACGCAAAAGCGGUUGUGCUGUGCUUGAUAAUGGAGCUGAAUUGAGCCUCGUAGAAUUGAAAAUAGCAAAGUCGUCCUUGAAAAUAGCAAUCGCUAACGGAGCUGAAUGAGCGAUAGAUAUUAGGCGUAGCUUACCCGAUAUGAUCGAUAUUGGAAGCGUCUGGUAUUAGGUCCAAUGUGUAAUGAUCAACAACAACAUUACCAUGCUUGCAGAAACGUACAGGUUGAUAAACUUUAGUAGCAUACAGUAGUAGUAAUACGUUUUGGAACAGUAAUGAUAAUCUUAUUCAGGAUUAAAUGGUUGUUAACGAUACAGGCAGCUCUAAAUUCAAACUACAUAACGAACAUUAAGUAAGUUCUCGCCCUUUUGCCCAGGAGCUAAAAAAUAUCGUUACAAAAUUAAUCAAAAAAAUGAAUAUCACUUGAACGUCCGCAGUCGGUCUCUCGGCGCUAAAUUGUAAGAUGGAAACAAGCACUAUCGCUAAACUAUCGUGCCAGCAAUCCGCUUGAAACACUUUGAAUGCCAAUCUGAUUGUGCAAAGGGAUUCUGUUCACGCCAUAUCGGGCAAUUACCUGCGCUUGUUGAACGUUUAUCUUGUUCUACUGUUAUCUGCCACUUGAAAAGAAGGUACGAUUGAUCGUCUGUUCGAUGGCAGGGUGGCACGGUCCGGCAUGUCCUGAACAGAAAGCUCAUAGAACUGGUUGGUUUGGCGCUUAACGUCGUUUUGAGAAGGAAAUCGCGAGUAGAAACCAAACAACACCUUCUAGAAAAGGAGCAAAAUAAGCGCCACACGCGAUCGAGAACGAUAACUGUACAUAGUUGAUGAACAUAAAUGUAGUAUUUAUUUUUUUAUGAAAUACAUCUUGAAUGUCCCUAGGUUAGCGUGUUAAAAUCAAUUUAAACAGCAAAUGUACACUAAUAAAA